AACAAGGACAUGGCUUCAAAUGAAAGAGAGAUUGUGGUUUGGGUUUGCCAGGAAGAGAAAAUUGUAUGUGGCCUGACAAAGCGCACAACUUGCUCAGAAGUGAUUCAAGCACUGCUUGAGGAACAUCAAGCAACAUUUGGAGAGAAAAAGGUCCUUUUUGGAAAACCUAGUGAUUACUGCAUUGUAGAAAAAUGGAGAGGCUCAGAGCGAGUACUUCCUCCCUUGACAAAGAUUCUGAGACUUUGGAAGGCCUGGGGGGAAGAGCAGUCUAAUUUGCACUUUGUGUUGGUAAAGUCAGAUGCGUUCCUCUCAUUUCCAUUGUGGAAGACAGCUGAAGCUAAGGUAGUACAAAAUGUAGAAAAACAGUGGGAGCUCAGUCCAGCAAAUUACAUGAAGAUGUUGCCAAUAGACAAGCAAAAGAAAAUUGUCAGGAAGACUUUCCGGAAAUUGGCCAAGCUUAAACAGGACAGUGUUCAGCAAGAGAGAGAUAAUAUGGAGACACUGAUUCAUCUGAUCAUUUCUCAAGAUCAUACCAUUCAUCAACAAGUCCUUAGAAUGAAGGAACUAGAUAUGGAAAUUGAAAAAUGUGAAGCGAAAUUCCAUCUAGAUCGUGUGGCCAAUGACGGAGAAAAUUAUGUUCAGGACUCCUAUUUAAUGAUCAAUCCAAGUGAGGCUGAGCAGCAAGGGAGCAGGCCAGAUGAUCAAAGAGAGAUGCAUGACUAUUUGAGCAAAAGUGAGGGAAUUUUACAGGUCGAAGAGAGACUGAAACAUCACAAACAAUUAAUAGAGAAGCUGUGUGCUGAAAUUGAGAGAGAGGUACAUGGUAUAUGCACAGAAAAAAAUGGAGAUGAUGUUCACCCAGAAGGAGCUUCUAAUGCCGAACUAGAAAACUCAAAUUUGGAAAAUGUAAAAUAUGAGCUGGAAAAAAGUAUGAAAGAUGGUCUGAGAAUCAACUCAUACCUGAGCUGCAUUCAGAAAGAACUUACAUACAGGGACUCACUUCUUCAAAAGAAGGAAAAGGAAUAUGAACUUCUUACAGAAGAAUUUAAUUUAUUACAUGUUAAAGACAACAUUGAAACUAGGCUUCCAUCAAAUGAAGAGCCAUCCAAGGGCAGCAGCAUCUCCAGCAACAGCGCUGCUGUUCCUGACUUUGUUCAUAGAGUGACUAAUCUGGACAUAAAUGAUACAGACUCUGACACUGGAAUCAGCUCUACACACAGUCAGGACUCUGAAAUAACUUCAGGGGACAUGGUACUGUUGUCAACAUAG